AGAUGUUGUUAAGCUCUUUGUUAGUUAUUCAAAUUACAGUUCAUAAUUGUUAAUUUUCAAGUCCCAUUCCACAUGUGGUUGUGAAUGAGCACUGCCGAAAAGUUUCAUAUGAAGAUGAAAACAACUGUUCAGAGCUCUUUGCAUGUUACGGUUUAUUCCCAUGCAAGUCAGUACAGAAAUAUGAAAAUUCAGAUGUUUAGCAGUAGUUGAAUUUCCAUUACUACUUUUUUUAAUCGUGAUCACUUUGAAAUUUUUAUUAUCUCUUGUAAUUCUUACACCGAAUCGAAGAUAUUUUCAGUCAGUGAACAAAAUAUUAUCCAAAACUUUUUUAAUGUUCAUUGUCAGGCAAGUUCUAUAGUGUACAUUAAAAAAGGGAUGAAAGUGAUCAAUAUGGCGGCUUAUAUAAAUGGUCACCCUUAUUCUUUUCAUAAGUUAUAUACUUUAUACAGAAAUCCAUACCUGUGUGCAUAUUUGUGUGUGCUUUUCAAUACAUACAUAUUCAAUCACUGACAUCACCAUUAUUCACUAAUUUCACAUUAAUUUUGCGUGCAAAGAUAUACACACAUACAUUCCACAAUUUAUUUAAUAUCAUAUUUAGAUUUUUUCAUCAGACCGCAUAACAUAUAAGGCAAACAGACAGCAACAGUAAAGCUUAUUCUAUAUUGAUGCCAGACAAUUAGCCAACUAAAAUCUCUGGGAAAAUAAGUCUGCCUGAUUCAUUUAAAAAUCACCAACACACACAUAGAUAUAUCUACAUAGGUGUUGUAAUGUAUGCCUUUAUCCAAAUACUUUGGUGCAGCCUACGCAAUAAUAAUUCCUUUUAUAAAGCACAAUGCAUAUGGAAAAUAUUUCCAUAUAGGAAGACGUGAUAUCCUAGUAACUGUUAUAUAUAUUUUUAAAGAAUAUUUGUAAUUAUUACAACUGAUCGUAGUACUAACGUGAGUUCACUUGGUGAAAAAAAAUCAAAAUAUUUGUGUAUUCUGAUUCUUCAUUUGAAUAAUAGACAAAUCUCAAUAUUAAAAUACAAGGAGAGAAUAUGGAAGGUGCAGCACGUCAUGCUCAAAGAUUAGCUGGAAAUUUUCUUGAAGAUAUGGAAGCAAUACAAAAAGCUUCUCGUGAAAGAGAUAGACGGGCGAUGAGUCAUUUUGAAACUAAUUCUGUGAGUUCAAAUAACAUUUAUCCACCGCCAAUGGAUUGGGUACCAAGACGUCGAAGUUUAAGCGGAACACCAUUUAGAACUAGCUGUUAUCCAAUGAUUUACUAUUCUUCAACACAACUUCCCGGAAGAAGAUCACUUUGUGUUCCACGGCGUCGUUAUUCAUUUUCCACUCAGCGAAAUGCCUAUACUGAACCUAAUAAAGUCACUUUGGUUGGUAAAUCCAUGUCCAACUAUUCUCGUCCAUAUUCUGUGUAUAACAGUGCAGGCAGUAGUUUAUACCAAACUCCAGAAUCAAACGGUUAUUAUCGACCUCAUUUGAGACCAACGAUCUGGCGUGAUUAUGAAGUCAACAGGCCUAUGAACAAUGAAAUUUUACCAACAUCAUACUUACAUGCUAGUUCACCGCCAAAACAACAUAUUUUAUCUCCGAAAGCUAAAGUCUAUCUGAAGUAUCGAUCUCUUCAAAAUUUAAGUAAUCUAUACGACGGUGCAGAUGAUGAGAACGGUAUGCCACGUGUAAUCCAUACAUCAUAUAGCCGUAAUUUUCCACUGCAUACUAGUCGUUUGAGUUCAGUGCCACCGUCAACAGUUGGGACGUAUCGUUCAACAAUAACUAGUACAGAUUAUGGAUUGCCACCUGUUGUACAUCGAAAUUACAGAACGAAUCGGUAUAUUUAUGAAACACCAUAUUAUACAUCAACAUACAGUAAUAUUGAACCUAUAAGAACUACUUAUACAAGUAUUGGACCAAGACGAUAUACAUAUUAUUAUCCAUCAAUUGUUACUACAAGACCAUUGUCGAGUUCAGGUUCGUAUAGUAACUUGUCUAGUGAUAUGCAAGCUGAACGUAGACGAAUUGAACGUCGUAUGGACGAUUUACUGGAAUACAAAUUGCCCUCACCUGAAUACUACAGGGAAAUGAGGGGAUCCCUACGUGCAUUGAAUGACAAAUUAGAUGUUCAUCGGAAAAUGCUUGAUCGUUACUCCGGAAUUGAUAUGAACGCUACAACUGCAUCAGUACAAGAUCGAAUCGAAUCAAAAUAUCAACAACUUGCAAGCAGAAUGGGCCGUCGAACCACAAUGCCAGAAAUGAAUGGAUAUAGAUCACAUGGACCAAGUCUGAAUACAUCGGAGCUUGAGACAAAUCUUUAUUAUACAAGUCCAAAAACAACGAUGGGCUAUGGGAAGGGAUUAGUGUAUCCUGAAGGUAGUCAGACUUCUGAACUAAGGGGAAGAAUUAAACGUCUUUUGUGUCGUUCCCGACGUGAUCCUCAUUAUUAUCGUUAUCUACCAACAGGAGUCGCAUAAAUACUUCAAUUAGACUAUAAUGAAUCCAUAUACUUGGUGUUUGAAGUGAUUAUUGUUAUUAUUAUUAAACUUAUAUUAUACCGCAUGCUUAUUCAAAUUGAUAAUCCCUUGAUUUUGUUCUUCAUGUUUUUAUUACUCUCUCAGUUGAACUCCUAUUUUGCUUUUUCUAAUCUACAUUAUUCUUGUUAUGAUAUUUCCUAGUUAUUAAUUUAAUAAAGAAGAACAGUUUCAGCUUUUUCUGCAACACACAUGUUUAUUCCCAAGUAUAUAUAUAUAUAUAUAUAUAUAUAUAUAUAUAUAUAUAUAUAUAUAUAUAUAUAAUUAUUCAAACUAUUAAAUAAAGAAAGCUAUUUAAAUGCCAAUUACAUUUUCGUUUUCAUAAUAAUUAAGAACCAAGUGAAACACCUUUAUUUCGUAGAUAAAAAAGGACCGUAAGAAAAAAAAGGAGAACUUCAAAUAAACAAAUUAUGGUUUACAGUAGCUUUCACUUAAUUUUAAUAUUGUUAUUACCAUUUCUAUUCUUGUUCUUAUGUUUCCCACUUGAUGAUUACACAAUAAAUAUAAUCUAUUCUGCUAAAGCUGUGUUACCAUAUUACUUCAUUAUGCCAAUCACUUGAAGAAACAAAAAGAAAAAAACUAAUUACAAUAUGGUUUUAAUAUUUUUGUUCUUCUAUCUAAUCUUUU